UGGUUUAGCUUUCACGUGUCAGGAUCCAGCAUUGUGGCACCGGGUGUCGAGCAGCUGCUUGCGAUGCUGCAGCCCAUAUCGGCGUGCUGGUUUGAGUCCUGGCAGCGUGGAGUUCCUCACUCGUGGCUUCACGCCGGCUUGGCCCUGGUUGUUGAGACCAUUCGGAGAGCUCCUGUUUCACAUCCCCAUCUCACUUUAUUCCUGCUGAUCUCCGAUGCGCUAAACUGGAAGACAGUGUUUGCAGGACAACUGUAAUGGGCAAGGAGCCACAGAGAAGAAAACGUUUCUUUUAAUUUUUACCCUUGGUUGGAAAGACCAGCAUGUUUUGGAAAUUUGAUCUUCACUCAUCAUCCCACAUAGACACACUUCUAGAGAGAGAAGAUGUGACACUGAAGGAGCUGAUGGAUGAGGAAGAUGUUUUACAGGAGUGCAAAGCUCAGAACCGCAAACUUAUAGAGUUUCUGUUAAAAGCAGAAUGUCUCGAAGAUUUAGUCUCAUUCAUUAUAGAAGAACCACCUCAAGACAUGGAUGAAAAGAUCAGAUACAAGUAUCCAAAUAUAUCUUGUGAGUUGCUCACUUCCGAUGUCUCCCAGAUGAAUGAGAGACUGGGAGAGGAUGAAUCCUUGCUGAUGAGAUUGUAUAGCUUCCUCCUAAACGACCCCCCCCUCAACCCACUGCUUGCCAGUUUCUUCAGCAAGGUGCUAAGUAUUCUUAUCAGCAGAAAACCAGAACAGAUUGUGGACUUCCUGAAGAAGAAGCGUGACUUCGUAGACCUGAUCAUCAAGCACAUAGGCACGUCCGCCAUCAUGGACUUGCUGCUGCGGCUGCUGACCUGCAUCGAGCCUCCACAGCCCAGGCAGGAUGUGCUGAACUGGUUAAAUGAGGAGAACAUUGUCCAGAGGCUUGUGGAGAUAGUGCAUCCAUCGCAAGAAGAAGAUCGGCAUUCAAAUGCGUCACAAUCGCUUUGUGAAAUUGUUCGCCUGAGCAGAGACCAGAUGCUACAAAUUCAGAACAGUGCAGAACCAGAUCCCCUGCUGGCCACUCUAGAAAAGCAAGAAAUCAUAGAGCAGCUUCUAUCAAAUAUUUUCCACAAGGAGAAAAAUGAAUCAGCCAUAGUCAGUGCAAUCCAGAUCUUGCUGACGUUACUUGAGACACGGCGACCAACGUUCGAAGGCCACGUGGAGAUGUGUCCGCCGGGCAUGAGUCACUCCGCUUGUUUGGUGAACAAGAGUGUGCUGGAGGCCAUCAGAGGGAGACUCGCGUCUUUUCACGAACUCCUGCUCGAGCCACCCAAGAAAAGUGUGAUGAAGACCACCUGGGGUGUCCUGGACCCUCCCGUGGGGAACACGCGGUUGAAUGUGAUUAGGUUGAUAUCCAGCCUGCUUCAGACCAACACCAGCAGCAUCAACGGGGACCUCAUGGAGCUGAACAGCAUCGGCGUCAUUUUGGACAUGUUCUUCAAGUACACAUGGAAUAACUUUCUGCACACACAAGUGGAAAUCUGUAUUGCAUUGAUUCUUGCAAGUCCUUUUGAAAAUACAGACAGUGGCACAAUUACUGAUCAAGACUCGCCUGGUGACAACUUGUUGUUGAAACACCUUUUUCAGAAGUGUCAAUUAAUAGAACGAAUACUUGAAGCCUGGGAAAUGAAUGAGAAGAAACAGGCAGAGGGAGGAAGACGGCACGGGUACAUGGGACACCUGACGAGGAUAGCUAACUGUGUCGUGCACAGCACUGACAAGGGCCCCAACAGUGCUCUGGUGCAGCAGCUCAUCCAAGAUCUUCCUGAUGAAGUCAGAGAGCGAUGGGAGACCUUCUGCACGAGCUCCUUAGGAGAAACUAACAAGAGGAACACGGUAGAUCUAGUUACAACCUGCCAUAUUCAUUCAUCCAGUGAUGAUGAAAUUGACUUUAAAGAAACGGGUUUCUCACAGGAUUCCUCUUUGCAGCAAGCCUUUUCUGAUUAUCAGAUGCAACAAAUGACGUCCAAUUUUAUUGACCAGUUUGGCUUCAACGAUGAGAAGUUUGCAGAUCAAGAUGACAUUGGCAAUGUUUCUUUUGAUCGGGUGUCAGACAUCAACUUUACUCUCAAUACGAAUGAAAGUGGCAACGCGGCCCUGUUUGAGGCAUGCUGCAAGGAGAGGAUACAGCAGUUUGAUGAUGGCGGCUCGGACGAGGAGGACAUCUGGGAGGAAAAGCACAUUGCGUUCACACCGGAAUCCCAGAGACGGUCCAGUUCGGGGAGCACAGACAGUGAGGAGAGCACAGACUCUGAAGAGGAGGAUGGCGCCAAGCAGGACUUGUUUGAAUCCGGUGGGGCCGGCACAGAGGACAAGAUGGAGGUGGACCUGAGCGAACCAGCCAGCUGGUCAGCCAACUUCGACGUCCCAAUGGAGACCACCCACGGGGCGCCCUUAGACUCGGUGGGGUCUGACGUGUGGAGCACAGAGGAGCCCAUGCCAGCGAAAGAGACGGGCUGGGCGUCGUUCACAGAGUUCACGUCGUCCCUCAGCACCAAAGAUUCUUUAAGGAGCAAUUCUCCAGUGGAGAUGGAAACCAGCACUGACACGUUGGACCCCCUGACUCCCAGUGUGUCCGCGCUGGCCGCACAGCCAGAGGCGGCAGGCAGCGUGGCCAUGGAAGCCAGCUCUGACGGAGAGGAGGAUGCAGAAAGUACAGACAAGGUGACCGAGACGGUGAUGAACGGCGGCAUGAAGGAGACACUCAGCCUCACUGUGGACGCCAAGACGGAGACCGCGGUCUUCAAAAGAGUGUUGAAAUCCUAUCGUGAGGAAGGCAGACUCUCUACCUCGCAAGACGCUGCGUGUAAAGACGCGGAGGACAGCCCCGAGACGGCGGAAGCCAAGCGCACGGGCCCCCGGCCCCCCAGCAGUAGUCCCGAGCAGAGGGCUGGGGUCCUCAUUGGCCUGGAAGACCACUCAGCUGCCCGGUGGCAGCAGGUCUUGAGGCCUGCUCUCCCACAGUGCCCCCUGCCGGACACACAGCAGACACGCGGAGGGGCUCGCCCAGAGGCCUUGUGUGUAUGUAACAGAACAUUCUCCCUCUGAAAUGAUCCCCUGUGUGGGUGGCCGGUUUUUCCCCCAGAGAAUUUCUCUUGUCCCGAGUAAGUGUGGAGACCCCACUCCCAGAGCCGAGUGGCGCGGAGGGCGCGUGCCGGAAGAGGGGGUGCCCCGGACCAGACUCGCGCUCCUGGUUCCGUGCAUCUCCGGUUGUUCCUUCCUCGAGGCACACGGUGCUCUUUAAAGCAGCGUGAGAGGAGUCCUUUGUCCGGCCCGGCCCGGGCAGCUCUGCCACACUCCCUGCAUCCUGCCCAGCGGGGCCAGCGGGGGCACUCACCGCUCGCUGGCUGAAGCCUGCUCACAGCGCAGCCAGCGCUGCUUCCACCCUCUCUCGGGAGCUAGAGAAGCGGCCUGCGUCUGAUGGCAGCCUUGGCAGGCGUGCACAGCCUUGUGGGAACUGUUGGAGCGUUGGCUGUGGUGGAGACGUGGGAGGAAGGGGCAGGGGGCUUUGCCACGGAGCCCAGCUCAGCUCCCCAUUUGUGUCCCGAGUGGCACUUGCAUGUUGGGAGUGGCAGUGGUGACGCUCCCGCGUUGUCCCCACGUUCCUGGCACCCCAGAUCCUGUGGUCCUGCGCAUUGGCAGCAGCUUAGAACUGCAGCCCAGCGGGCUGGUGGCCAGCCCCUCCCACGCCGCCCCUGCACCGCCUCUCCAGGGACCCCGCGCUGGGGAGAAGGCAGAGCUGAGAGAGCUGGAGCCUGCUGUGUCCCGCCCGCGGCCUCCCGGCCUCUGUCUCUGGGACAAGUAGGGAGGGUCGUCUUGUGGAAGUGGCCUGGGGGCGCUCUGGCGCAGCCAGCCGGUGUCAGGUGACUGCAGGCAGCCCAGUUGUGAAUUCAAAUGCUGGUGGGGGGGGGUCCGGUUGUAGCUGAGCGUGGUGUUGUCCCGGUCUCCUGGUAAAGCCUUGAAGACCACCUGACGUGUCCCGCUGGUGAUUCGGGCAAGCGGGCGGGACUUGGCGUUGGGUCAGUGCUGGGCUGGGGCGCUGCCCGCCUCUCCUGUCCCGUGUGCUCCCCGCCGCGUCCCCACAGCCGCCUGGUUUGCAGCCAUUGCUGCCUCUCCCGUUCCCUACUGGCAGAAUCCUGUGUCACGUAGAAUUCUCUGCGGAUUCCAGUCCUCCGGAGGGCUCUGGGGGGCACCCUUCUGAAAUCCACUGCUGUACCUCCACGGGGCCGGCUGGGUCCUGGCACAGGCUGUCCGCGACCCGCGGUCCGGCCCGGGGUGGUGCCGCGUCCCUGCCGGCAGCCGAGCGAGGGCAGACGCCUUCCCCGCCUCGCUGUUCCAGCCCUCAGGUGUCGG